UUCCUCCCUUUUUAUAGCCCUAUAAAGCCCAAAACAAGGGGAAUAUAAGGCUGGCAGAGCGGCGCCAGGAGGGGGGUGGGCAGGAGGGAGAGGCUACUGACACAGGCAGACAAGAUGAACCCCCAUGUUGUUGGGAUCCUGCUUGGCACCCUGCUGGGGGCUGCCUGGGGAAGCCGCAUGCGGUGCUGUGGCUGCUAUGGCUGCGGUGGAAGCCCCAGCAGCUCCUGCAAAGAGACCGUGCCCGGCUGCAGAGAGGGCCGACGCUGUGGCUUCCGGGACCGAAGACCCCAACCAGACCUGGGACAGACCAAGCUAUCUGGGAAUUCCUCAGUGACCUUGACUCAACAACACCCAGCCUGCAUGGCAGCCCAUCAUUGCAAUCAAGUGGAAACAGAGUCAGUGGGAGACGUGACCUGCACAGCCAUAGGGCCUGCUGCCUCGGGGACCUGGCGACAGCGGCGUGGCAAGCCACGUGGCUCCUGCAUGCAUCUUGACGCAGCAGUACGCCCUGGCCUGGCUCUUGCUGGGACUGUGGAGUGGGUAGAGGGAGCAGGGGUAGGGGAGAGAACAAGGGAGCAAGAGACACUGAACAUCUAA